GUCGCCCAAUAAGCCGCGACCAUUGCUCUGUGCUGCUCUGUGCUGCGGCAGGCCACCCCGGCGCAGCUUUGGGAUGCAACCAAUCGAAUGCGCCAGUUGCGACGCCGGCUGGGACGACUGUGGGACCUGCUUGAUGCUUGUCGAGAGCUCGGGCUGCCCCUGGACCUCGGCAAUCAUUCGUGGCUGCAGCGGUGGCACAUCGCUCAACUCAUUUUGCGACGGUAACGGCAGUUGUGGGACGUCAGACGUCGCCAACAACUGCCGCCUCGGCAAGGACAUCUACAAGCGGGUCGAGUGCACCGCCACGCCUCCAUCGGCGCCUCCCGCGACCCCGCCGAGCAGCCCACCCUCACCACCCCCACCCAUGCCACCGUCCCUGCCCAUCGCGGAUGUAAGCUUCCUCUCCGCCGAUGCCAAUGACGGACAAGCGUGGCUGGUGCCGCUGGUUGCGGGCAGCGUCGCAGUCUCAUUGACGCUCUGCCUCUGCUUCCUCUGCUGGCGCUGCUGCGGCCGUCGCCACAAGCGCGCCCCGGGUGCUCUUAUGCCCGCCGCAGCGCGGCCAGUCUUCGAUCCCGACCCGGAUGAUAGCCCCUUCAAAUGCCCAUAAGCAACAUGUCAUGCAGACUGAGACCCCGCUCUUCGCGGCUGACGGCGGCGCGGCAUGUCCAUGUCCAUGUGCGAGACGUGUGCGAAUAACACCGUAAACACGCCUGACACACCGCACACGCAGGACACAUCUCACAAAUGUCAAAUCGGAAAAAAGCGCUCGGAUGUACGAUCUGGCAGGCCCCAGCCAGUUCUUAGUGGUCCAAAUCACCUCAUCGAGGUACUGGGCCCGCGUCAGCUUGUUCUGUACGGCACGUCCACUUGAGGCAAACUGCGGGUAAAUAAAUAUUUUUGAAGGG